UUACGCUUGUUGCUUCGCCCUAACACGUAGACGUACACUUGUCCUCAGAACCAUACGGCCCCCGACUCUGCGAUAUCAGCCCAGUAAAGUCAUUGAAGCAAAGAUACCAAAACACGUGAUGCUACACAAUCGAGAGAUUUCUUCUAUAUGACUCAUACAAACGAGCGGGAUCGUAUACAGUGGUGUGGGUACAGAUGUGUGCCCCCCCCGGAACAGACACGCAUACAGAAAGCAAGAUUAUGUACGGCCCCACCUGACUCGGGGUGUUCCCGACACCGGAGACCCUCGUAUAUCUUACUAAACAGCACAGAAACACACAUCUCUGCCCUAUAUCGGUCUCGACUCGGUCCCACUAAAUCGCGGUCGUAUCUAAAGCAUUUCCGGUGUGCGAUUUUUCACUAAUUUAGCUCAAUUAAUGUUGGGAAAUUUUCACUCGUCUCCUAAACUUUGGCAUUAUAAAUACACCCCUCCCCCCCCAACGUUACACUUCUCUUGCGUCUUUCUU